AACUUUCAAGCAAAAUUUAUUUUUUUAUUAAUUUAUUUCUUUCUCCGCCGCAGCCAUCAGCCGGAGAAGGAGAAGGAGAGGGAGGAGGAGGAGGAGAAGGAGAAGGAGAGAGAGAGAGAGAGAGAGAGAGAGAGAGAGAGAGAGAGAUAGAGAGAGGAGUGAAGGUGAGAGAGAGUGAGCGAGCGAGGCAGAGAGUGAUGGAGAGCGGCGCUGUCUUGGCAGGGUUUCAGACCAAUUGCCUUCUCUUACCAGCGUCGCGGAACGCUUCUUCCCUUCUCCUUCCUUCUUUCUCCGACAAACGACAUUUUCCUCAUGCUUCUCUCAAGCUUCAAAAGCAGUUUCCUUUGGCUUUUUCGCAAAACGCCCAAGUGGGCUCGCGUGUAAGCCGUGACGUGACACUGCCCGACACUUACAGUACUGCUGAAACAUAUGAAUUAGCCGACAUAGAGUGGGACGACCUUGGAUUUGGCCUUCUGCCUACUGAUUAUAUGUAUAUCAUGAAAUGUUCUCAAGGUGGAAACUUUACCAAAGGUGAAUUACAGCAUUUUGGGAGCAUUGAAUUAAGCCCAUCAGCUGGAGUUUUAAAUUAUGGCCAGGGAUUAUUUGAAGGCCUCAAAGCCUACAGGAAACAAGAUGGUAAUAUUUUACUGUUUCGUCCUGAGGAAAAUGCAUUACGGAUGAGGAUGGGUGCAGAGCGUAUGUGCAUGCCUUCACCAACUGUUGAACAGUUUGUGGAAGCUGUAAAGGGUACCGUUUUAGCAAAUAAACGUUGGGUUCCCCCUCCUGGUAAAGGUUCUUUGUAUAUUAGGCCAUUGCUUAUGGGUAGUGGAGCUGUUCUUGGUCUUGCACCAGCUCCUGAGUACACCUUCCUUAUAUAUGUUUCUCCUGUUGGAAACUAUUUUAAGGAAGGUUUGGCACCAAUAAAUUUGGUGAUCGAGACUGAUGUGCAUCGUGCAACACCUGGUGGUACUGGAGGAGUAAAGACUAUAGGAAACUAUGCUUCGGUUCUGAAGGCACAAUCUGCUGCAAAAGCCAAAGGCUACUCUGAUGUUCUCUACCUUGAUUGUGUUCACAACAGAUAUCUGGAGGAGGUUUCCUCAUGUAAUGUUUUUCUUGUGAAGGGUAAUGUUAUAUCCACACCUGCAAUUAAAGGGACAAUCCUACCUGGCAUUACUCGAAAGAGUAUAAUUGACGUUGCAUGCAACCAAGGAUUCCAGGUCGAGGAACGCCUUGUAACAGUGGAGGAACUGCUUGAUGCUGAUGAAGUUUUUUGCACAGGAACGGCUGUGGUUGUGUCCCCGGUGGGCAGUAUUACUUACCUUGGUAAAAGGAUUUCUUAUGGGGAUAACGGGAUUGGCGUAGUCUCACAACAACUCUAUUCUGCACUUACUAGACUACAGAUGGGUCUCACUGAAGAUGAGAUGAAUUGGCUUGUCGAGCUGAAGUAGGUGUGCUGUUUUUGUUCUACGAUGCAUUUUAACUUGUCCAGCGGAAAUCACAACACAGCCUCUGGAAUUUUCAAGAAUGGGCCCUUAAUUUGCUUCUUCUCACUGAUCUGUGGGCAUUGCAUAGCAAGUGAUUGGAUUGCCUUUGACCUAGAUUUCUUAAAAAUAUUUAUCAAUGUGUAUAUUAUAGUUAAUAUUGGUAAUUUAUGUUGCUGAUAUGUUUGCUUGAUAUGAGAUGAAUGGGGUGAGGAUAACAAGCUUAUUUAUUGUAAAGCAAUUUGCACAAUUUCCCAUUUUUAAUGUUGAGCGCAAAGGUGGUGAAAAUCA